UCAUUUCUGGUAGACAUGGGACGACACUAUUCUUUUGGAGCUCUUCUUCUGGGCUACGUACUUCUGGGCAAUGCCUGUGAAUAUGUCUGUGUUUUAAAAGAGCUUUGUUUGCAAGAGGGCCACAAUUUCGAAUACCGCAAAGACCAUUAUUGCCCCCCUCCCCAAACUUGCUGUCAAAUUCGCCAACAGAAUACGAAUCAAGAGCAGCCAUCAGGACCAUCCAGUUCGUACCAGCAUCAACCAUUAUAUGAUCAAACAUUCCAAGGUAGUAUUUCAACUGGUCAGAGGCAACUUCCAGCCCUAGCAGUUGCACCAAAUGGUUAUUUUUCGGGCGGAAACCAUUUUUACCACACUGAGUGGGAUCCACAAGUGAACGGGGGCUCUCCUGAAGCUCAUUCGCAAGGCCAGUGGCCAGGAGGACAGCGUCUAGCAAUAGGUGGUUCUAUAGGUGCCUAUGGAAACAGUUGGAACCAGCCGGAACCAGCAUUCUUCGGUGGUAAUCAAGUAUAUGUGCCAUCACAGAUAAAUCCUGCAGAACUGUGGCCAGAAGUGCAACGUCGAGCAGGUUAUGGUGCAGGAAACCUACCAACCGGAACAGCCGGAAACAACUUAAACCCAGGAAGAAGAGAGCAACCAACCCAAGGCUACGAUAUAAACAAAGCGACUCCGGGGAAAGAAGGAGCGAGACCAGGCCAAAAUCAACACUGUGGUAUGAGCAACGUAAAUGGCUUGGGUUUUAUCAAAGGAAUCCCCGAGGAUCAAGCGAGACCUGGCCAAUAUCCCUGGGUUGUGGCUGUGUUUAGCAAUGGAAAAUACCUUUGUGGUGGAUCCCUGAUUAGUUCAGAUUAUGUCCUAACAGUGGCCCAUCCACUGGUUGUUAAGACCGAGACCGACCUUGUGGUCAGGGCUGGCGAAUGGAACAUGGACACCAACGAAGAGUCGUUCCAACUUGAGAACCGCGAAGUGGAAAGGAUAAAGCGCCACGAAGGAUUUAAUUUUACUAGUGGUGCCAACAACUUGGCAAUUCUAAAACUAAAAACUCCGUUCCAGUUGAAGGAGCAUAUCAGAACUAUUUGUAUGCCCGUCCCGAAAAAAACGUUCGAACCGCGCCGUUGCAUUGUUGCUGGUUGGGGUAAGAUGAAGUACCAGUCUUCAGACUAUUCGGCGGUACUGAAGAAAGUGGAUUUACCCUUAGUGGACAGGCACACAUGUGAGCAACAGUUGAGGAAAACCAAAGUAGGUCAAGACUUUCAGCUGCCUGCCAGUAUGAUUUGCGCCGGAGGUGAGUUAAACCAAGAUGCCUGCACCGGAGAUGGCGGAUCUGCCCUGUUCUGCCCCAUCGGAGAGGAUGAUUCAGGUCUCUACGAGCAAGUUGGCAUCGUUAACUGGGUCAUCGAGUGCGGCCUGAAAGAUGUCCCGGCCACCUACACAGAUGUGGCCCAGUUCAAGCACUGGAUUGAGGAGCAGACGCUGCCUUUCCGAUACAAGAAAUCAGGGAGACCAUUAUAUUAGGUACUUUCAUAAUGGACAAAAUGCACCAAUAGAA